AUGGCGACUACAAUAAAUGUUAAUUCGGUGAAUUGUAUAAAUUCUAGUGGAGUUCCUGUACCGAAAUAUGAAGUUCCAGUUAAGUUAGUGUUAGAAUAUGAUCCUGAUGGUCUUAGUGUUAAAAUUAAAAAAGCCAAUGAAAGUGGCUCAUCUUCAGAUUUUUUAAAUGAAUUCAUUGUAACUAGAGCUACAGAAUGUGCUAGAUUAGGAAAAAUAAGUUAUACAAUUGUCGUCGAUAAUGAAAGCUUAGUUAUUAAUUUUGUAAAUGAAGAAAGUUCAAAACUAUUUCACAGUAAUAUUGUUAAAGUAAAGGAAGGUCAGAAUAGUUCAGUAUUUACAGAUCGAACAGAUGAAUCUUCUGCAAGCCAAUAUUUUCAGUUUUAUGGUUACUUAUCUCAACAGCAAAAUAUGCUUCAAGAUUUUAUUAGGACAUCAACUUACCAGAAAGCUAUUUUAGGAAAUUAUAAAGAUUUUCAGGACAAAGUCGUUCUCGACGUUGGUGCCGGUUCAGGGAUUUUGUCCUUUUUUGCUGCUCAAGCAGGUGCUAGUAGAGUAUAUGCGGUGGAAGCAUCGUCCAUGGCAAAUCAUGCACAAACACUAGUCACAGCCAAUGGAUUAGAUCACAUAAUUAAAGUAAUUCCUGGGAAAAUAGAAGAACUUGCAUUGCCAGAACAAGUUGACGUUAUCGUAUCCGAACCCAUGGGUUACAUGUUAAUAAAUGAAAGAAUGUUAGAAACUUAUUUGCACGCAAAAAAAUUUCUCAAACCUGGGGGUAAAAUGUUUCCCUGUCAGGGAGAAUUGCACGUGGCACCCUUUCAAGAUGAAACGCUUUACACGGAACAGUUUAACAAAGCGAGUUUUUGGUAUCAGAACGCAUUUCACAACGUUGAUUUGCGUAGUCUUCGACAAUCUGCUCACAAUGAAUAUUUCCGACAGCCGAUCGUUGAUACUUUCGACAUAAGGAUUUGCACGGCAAAAAGUGUUAAACACAUUAUCGACUUCAGGACGGCCGACGAAUCAUCGUUGCAUAAAAUCGAAAUCCCAUUGACUUAUCAAAUUUUGGAAGGAGGUUCCAUACACGGACUUGCUUUCUGGUUCGACGUAUUAUUUUCGGGAAGUGGUAAAAACAUUUGGUUGUCGACGUCUCCGACCGAGCCUUUAACUCACUGGUAUCAAGUUCGUUGUUUGUUCGAGGAUCCACUUUUCGUCGGUAGCGGAGAUAUCGUGAAAGGAUUCGUGAGUCUCGUCGCUAACAAACGUCAAAGUUACGACGUGACGAUACAACUUCAAAGGGUCGGAAGCGACAUUGUAGCUUCGAAUACUUUAGAUUUGAAAAAUCCAUAUUUUCGUUAUUCUGGUACUGCGGCCGCUCCUCCUCCCGGUUCGAACACGACGUCCCCGAGCGAAGCUUGGUGGAACACUUUGGACGAAAGAGUUAGUAUGACGAAUGGAAUAUCCGUUAACGGUUUGACUGAUUGUGGAAUCGAUCCUAAUAACGGAAUGACCAUGAGCAACCCACCAAAUAUUCACCCGGGGUCGAUCACGAGCACCGGAAGACAACGGGUAGGUAGCAGUACUGCGACCUCCACUCAACAAGCUCAACUUAUAGGGGGAGGAAUUUCACCUACCUUAUUUACAUCUCCCGGAACCGGACACCAAAUAGUUAUGGGAAACACGAUUUCACAUUAUCCGGUUAGCAGCAGUUUAAUGAUCGGUGAUUAUUUCGCAAGCGGAGUCGGAGUCAAUGUUCUUCCUAACUACAGGCACGCUCACGCGCAGUGA